UGUUCACUAUUGCUGGUCUUGCGUGUGGCAUCGUAUCGGUCCCCUUUGGUCACCUCAAGUUUGCGCAUUCAAUCAUUGGCUUGGUUGUGAUGAUUGUUGGUUUACUCCAGCCACUAAAUGCCUUAUUCCGUCCCCAUAAAUUUCCCGAUGGUUCUAGAACCAUUAAACGUAUCAUCUGGGAAUGGUACCACAAGCUGGCUGGCCGAGCAGCCCUGAUACUAGCCCUCAUUAAUAUUUCUCUUGGUGUGUUCUUGGCCGUGAUGCCAACAGUAGCCUGGGCACUAUGGUUUGGUUAUCUUGGUCUCGUUUGCUUGACGUACAUCGCGAUGGAGGUGAAACUUAGAAUGAAUAAGCGCAAGACUGGAUCGUCGGAUAUGGCAAUGGAGAAUCAAUAGACCAAGAUGGUGGAGUCGUUACUGUACUGCUCGUUAUCUCCGCCCUUCAUCCCCCCUCCCCCCCUCCCCUCCUCCUCCUCAGGUUGAAUAGUAAAAUAGACCCCUUGCAUGCAACGUCAAAGGAGCCCAAUUUGGAAAGAAUUUCAAUCUCCCGAGAAUUGUAAACCUAUUGUUUUGCCCUCUAA